AUGGUAGUCUCACAUGAAGAAGAAAACGCAAUCGACGGCCUUAAGCCGAGGCUAUACACGGACGGCAGUAAGUUAGAAGACAAAGUAGGUGGCGCUGUCAGUGUGUGGAGAGAGGGUAAAGAAAUACUCAAAUCAACAUUUAGGUUAGAAAGUUACUGUAGUGUUUAUCAGGCUGAACUUACUGCGAUUCUUAAAGCACUUGACAUGAUGUGCAAGAUCAGCAAAUUAAAGAAAGCAAUAAUACUAAGUGACUCACGAUCAGCUUUAGAGUGCCUAACCGACAGCUCAUCUCUCCAACCUCUUGCAGUUGAAAUAGGAGAACGCUUAAGAGAAUUAAAAAAUAAAGACGGUGAUGUUGAGUUCUACUGGGUCAAAUCGCAUAUUGGUAUACCUGGCAAAGAAAGAGCUGAUGAACUUGCAAAGAAGGUAGCACUGACAAACAAACAAGCCGCAGCUUAUGAUAAGUGCCCUCUGUCCUUCACGAAGUGA